AUCCUUGCCCCAGCCCAGCACCAGGGCCUCUCUAGAAAUGAUUUUGCCAUAGGGGAUGCCAAGUCCAAGGCCAGUCCUGUUGCUGGCCCCCACUUUCUCUCACCCUAUCCACUCUUCCCCAUGUCCACCAGCUGCCAUAGAUGAGGGUCACCGGAGCUAGAGCCCAGUGCUGGAGCAGAGCAGGGGCCUGCUUCCCAGGCCUUGAUAUCUACCCACCUCUGAGGGGGAGGGGCUCCUUAAGAAGGUCUUUUCAGGGCCUUCCUCCACCAAGGCCUGACCUGCAUACCACUUCAGAUCCCAGUAAGGGUCUGAGUGUUCAUUUAGGUUGAGUGCUGGAGCCAGGGGUGGGGGACCAUGAAUGCCCUUACAUGCUAAGUCCAGACCUCCACUUUAGGUAGAGGGGUGAGGGGAGAAGUUUGGGUCUUUGAUAAAAAGCUGCCUGUCAUUUCCUGGUGCUCAGCAUGUGCCAGGCUGGGCUGGUUAUAUCACCUGCUGAUCAGGUAGGCUCUCUUAUUAUCCCCAUUUUACAGAUGAGCAAACAGGGGAGCUGAGUGGGAAAGAUGAAGCUGACUGAUUUGCACCUAGAGUCCCUCAGUUACCUCUCCUGAGCAGCGUGCCUGGUGACCUGGCAAUGCCAUUGAGGGCCCAGGCAGGCACUAUGGUCACAACCUGAUGACUGGUGAGGGUAAGGACAGGGUGUCCCUGGGAAAGGCCCUCCCUUCUGCUGAGGAAGCAGCUUUUCCAGUCAAACAAUAGCGUCUGUUCCUGGCAGGCUAUCAAGCUGGGCUGGGCUGGGCUGGGCCAUUGUGGGAGGGGGUGGGAGAGGGAGGAAUAGAGCCUCCCUAAGAGCUUUCAGGCAUCACAGGGCCUGGGCCUGGAACAUCUUGUCCUGGUACAGCUGGGGAUACUGAGGCCUAGGGAGGUCAAGCGCCUCUGAGUCUAUCAGGGCAGGCUACCACUUCCUGCCUCCCACCCCUCACUCCUGUGGUUUCCCACCCCAUCUGUACCUGUCAUGAGGGGUUUUGAGGACUCCCUUCCCCCUGGCUUUCCAGGGAACAGGCCAGGAUGUGGCAGCUGCAGUGUUCCACAGGAGCCCCCUGAGCCAGAGAGCCCAGGGAGGGAGGGUGCUGCCCAGCUUCCAUCCACCUACAGUAGAGGCUUCUGAGCAGGCAGGAGGCUUGUGUAGGCCUGCUUUAACCUGUUUGGUUCAAAGCUUCAGAUCUGAGGCCUAAGGAUGCUUGGGCCAGACAAAGGUCCCCCAGAGCAUGCUCUGUCUGUCUUGCUACAGAGCCAGCCUAGGUAUGCUGAUGCCUGCUUAGACUUUGAAGUCUUCUUAGACCUGAGGCAGCCUGAGCAGAACACAUUCUAAUGUUGAAAUGAGCCCAAGUUGGUCCUAACAAGCCUCAGAUCUGGGGCAUCUGCCAGUGCUGAGGGCCUCUCUGGGCAUGAAGCAAGUUUACAUGUGCUCAGGCCAACUGGGUUCUGCUAAUGGCUCACUCUUUGGGAGGUCUCAACAGGGCUCAAGUCUCAAGUCUGAGAUCUGAGUACCCAUGAGCCCCAGAUGCAUGGGAGUGUCUACUGAAGUCUGAGCCUGGGGCAUCCCUGGCCCAAGCGCUUAGUCUUGAGGGGUCUCAAGCCAUAAAUAAGCCUGGCCACCUUCAUUACCCUACCCUACAGUAUGUUGCUCAGACAUAAGUGGCUGGGGCCCUCCCUAUCUCUAUGACCCCCGUGAGUAAGUGCAUUCUUCCUCCGCAAGAGGCAGAGGGAGAAAGGCAGCAGGACACUUCGUUGGGAGAGAAUCACAGGGUCACCAAGGGCUUUACAGCAUACCCCUCCAUACUCCAGAGUUUUGGAGGCGACACUCUGGUCCCAGCUGAGCCCUGGUUCGCCUCACGGCCCUUCGGAGCCUCAAGGAUAUCAAUCAUAAGACCCAUAUGGGGACCCGAAGGACAAAAACCUAUUCCACACCUCCCCCAUGCUCCCGACCCCAGCAAGGCAGGAGGUCUGCGGAAAAGCCGGCUGAGGGGGCGCGGCAUAGGCGGGGCCUGGAGGACUCAAUGGGGUGGGAUCAGCCUAAAAUCUCCAGCCCACGCUAAAGGGGCGGAGUCAUCGGGGGCGGGGCUCGGCGGGCUGGAACACGAGGGAAGAGGCUCUGGCCUCAAAAAGGAGGCGUGGCCACUCCAGAUAGGCCGCUCAUUCCUGAGGGCGUGGCCGUCAGGGAGGUGGACACGGCAUGGGGCUAGGAAGAUCCACGGCUUAGCGGGCGGCGUGGAAGCGGCUGCAGAGCGGCUCCUUUAAGCCCCCGGCACCGCCCCCACCGCCCCGCCCCCCGCGGCGGUCUGGGUCUGGUUGGCGACCCGGUCGGGUCCGCGCGGACCGUGAUGGAGCUGCACAUCCUAGAGCACCGGGUGCGGGUGCUGAGCCUCGCCCGCCCAGGUCUCUGGCUCUACACCCACCCGCUCAUCAAGCUACUCUUCCUACCCCGCCGCAGCCGGUGCAAGUUCUUCAGCCUGACGGAGACCCCCGAGGAUUACACGCUCAUGGUGGACGAGGAGGGCUUCAAAGAACUACCCCCAUCUGAGUUCCUUCAAGUGGCUGAGGCCACAUGGCUGGUGCUGAACGUGUCAUCCCACAGUGGCGCAGCAGUGCAGGCUGCUGGGGUCACCAAAAUCGCGCGCUCAGUCAUUGCACCACUGGCCGAGCACCAUGUGUCUGUGCUGAUGCUGUCUACUUACCAGACGGACUUCAUCCUGGUGCGGGAACAGGACCUGUCUGUGGUGAUCCACACGCUAUCCCAGGAGUUCAACAUUUACCGAGAAGUGGGCGGGGAGCCUGUGCCUGUUGCCAGGGAUGAUUCCAGCAAUGGCUUUCCCCGUUCUCAGCAUGCAGGGCCCAGCCCCACUGUGCAUCCCAUCCAGAGCCCACAGAACCGCUUCUGUGUCCUUACGCUGGACCCUGAGACACUGCCAGCCAUUGCUACCACCCUCAUCGAUGUUCUCUUCUACUCAUACAGUGCCCCCAAGGAGGCAGCCUCUGGUGGUCCUGGACCCAGCUCUAUUACAUUCUUUGCCUUCUCCCUCAUCGAGGGCUACAUCUCCAUCGUCAUGGAUGCUGAGACGCAGAAAAAGUUCCCCAGUGACCUCCUGCUGACCAGCUCCUCGGGGGAGCUGUGGAGGAUGGUGCGCAUCGGUGGACAGCCCCUGGGCUUUGAUGAGUGUGGAAUCGUGGCUCAGAUCGCAGGCCCCCUGGCUGCGGCCGACAUCUCUGCCUACUACAUCAGCACCUUCAACUUUGACCAUGCCCUGGUGCCUGAGGAUGGCAUCGGCAGCGCCAUUGAGGUCCUCCAACGACGGCAGGACGGCCAGGGCUCCUGAGGCCUCCAUGCUGUCCCCUCACCCCAGGCUUCCAGAGACUUCUCUAAGCUAUUUCCUCAAGCACUGGGAUGAGUCCUCCCCACCCCCAUUCCUGCUGGGGGACCCCUCCUUCUGCUCUCUGUAUGUAAGCUGCGUGCAGGCACCGGCUCUCACGUGGACAUGCGUGUCUGCCCACGCAGGGGAACACGGUGCUCUGGGCUUCCUCCAGGAAGCCCUCACCCCUCACUCCCUGCUCGGCCUCAGUGUUUGCACAUUCCCUGCCUGAGGCCCAAGACAUCCCCCCUCUCAGUGCCCUGAGCCAGCUGCUCCCUUGGACAGGGCCCUGGUCUCCAUUCUGCUUCUGGCUGGGUCACCUUCCCUGGCCAGGUGAGUUCUGACAGUGCCUGCCCCUCCCGGGGUCUCCAAGAAAAGUAUUUUUACAUCUUUCUCCCUUUUUUAUUGACUUAUUAAUAAAGGCUUAUAGUUAUAAAGGGUUGGGCUGUGGUCCAUGGGGGUUGUUUGAGCUCAGCCAUGGCUACUCUGCUGCUCCUUCCAGCCCCUCUGCCUGAGGUCCUGGUUUGUCCCUGUGUAGCUGGCUCUGGCUGGGCUCACCUGACUCAGUUCUCGCCUCGGGGAGAAUCGAAGCCUUGAGAGGUGAUGUGACUUAGCCAAGGUCACCUGAUUCCCAUCCAAGGCUACCUGCCUCUGAAGCCCAGCCUCUUCCUUCCUUCCUUCCUUCCUUCCUUCCUUCCUUUCUUUCUUUCUUAAUGUUUUUAUUUAUUUUUGAGACAGAGAGAGAGACAGAGCAUGAGCAGGGGAGGGGCAGAGAGGAGGAGACACAGAAUCUGAAGCAGGCUCCAGGCUCUGAGCUGUCAGCACAGAGUCCAACGUGGGGCUCGAACUCACAGAGUGUGAGAUCAUGACCUGAGCUAAGUCGGACGCUUAACCAACUGAGCCACCCAGGCGCCCCGAUCUUUCUUCCUUUCUUGCUGUUUUGCAAUAGUCCAGAAGGUUCUGAACAUGGUUAGAGAUUCCCAGACCAUCCCACCUGGAAGUCCUCCAGCCUUCCCUGCCACCCCAAGGUGGGCCCAAAAGCACCUUUCUUCUAGACUGCUGCCUGCUUGCUUUUAGACCAUGCCUGAGUCCUGGAGGUCCCACACAGGAGUCCCUGUUGGCCAAAAAAUCAGUUAGUUCUUGUCACCAGGGCUCUCCUGGAGUAGUGGUAGGAGGGGGGCCAGCCAGAGUGGGGACCUGGGAGUCCACACACUGGGCUUCCCCUGGCCAGAAGGAGAGGAUUGGGGCCUGGAGGCCACCUGGAACCCAAUGUGCCUUCAAAGGCUGCCUUCCUGGGCCAGAGGCUCAGCACAUGUGGGCCCGGGUUUCCUGUCACAGAGGGGCUGCCUCCCUGCUCCACAAGACUGGGAUUCCACUGUGGCCAGAUGGGGCCCUACAGAUGUGCUGGGGAGGUUAUCAGGUACCCUCAGCCCAGACCCGCCCACAUUCAGGAAAGGAAGAAGGGUGUGACUUCGGCGUAUUCAGAGGUUGCAGUGGCUCCCCAGAAAAGCCAGAGCAGGGGCCAGGCCUCUGGCAGUGUGCCCACCCUACCCCUGGGACCCAGGGGCUACAGAUCAAGGAGCAGAAAGCACAGCCCAGCCUGGUGAGUGAGCGGUCGGGACCCUAGACCAUCUCCUUCCCCUCAGCAUGUUUCCUCAUGUGUAUCAAGAUCUAGGAGGCAGCUCCUUCAGGAUCCUUAUUCUUCUUGGCCCUGGGAAGGUGGCAUUCCUUUGUAGUUUGACUUGGGGGGAAAUUGGGGAGUUCUGGCUUCUCUCUGGAGGGCCCAUCCUGGGCCCUGGUUCAAGGGAUGUCUUGGGCUGAGUGGGGGCUUUAACACCAGAAUCCUUAGGGCUCCUGACCUGCAGGUAGAGAGCUCCUGGGCCCCAUGUUCAGCUCUGGGGACUCUGUCCAUCUGUCUGCUUAUGAGUCCCUGUGAGUCAUGGACUGAUUUGGAUGUUUCUGUCAUCCCGGCUUUCCAGGUGGCAUCAGGCUUUGCCCAGUCCCUCAGACCAGGUCUCAACCUGGCAUUGGUUAGUUCUUGGCGUGCUGCCCACAGGUAGGGGGGCCACCAGCAUGCCCUAGUGGGCUAGUCUGACUUGGACCCAGGCCUAGAGCUUACGUGUGUCUCUUUGCCACAUGUGUGUGAGUCUGUGUGGAGGGGCUUAGCUCCCAGGGCAUUAGAGUCCUUGGGGCUCACUGAGUCAGCUUGGCCUUCAGCAGGUUACAAAUGGGGAGAUCUGCUCUGAUAUUGCCAGGAAGACCAGGACCCACCUGGGGUCAGGGCACAGGGCUUGGGAGGUGACUGGGGCACACUCAGCUGAGAAGGAACAUGACUCUGGACCUCACAUGUGGCUGAUGCUCUGGGUACCAUCAGAUAGACAGGCCUUAAGCUGUCCCAAGCUGAGGUGGGGGGCUCCCAGAAUCACCUCUUGGUCCCACCCAGGCCCCUGAAGAGUUCUAGAACAAAGGAAAUCAGUAUGGUCAACCCAGGCCUGGAGUUGAGCUCAGCUUGGGUCAUUCAGAACUGAGGUUGGGGGGUGCUCACUGGCACACAGUCCACAUCCUUGUCCUUCCAACCCUGGGAGCCCCAGUCCACCUGUCCACAUCAGCACAGCCUUCCUGAGCUCAAGGGUCAAGGCCCCAGACUGCAGAGCCUGAGUGCACAUCCUCAUAAAGGUGGUAGCCUGUGUCUGGGGAAAACCGUACCCACAGCCCCCUGGGGAGUAGGAAGGUGCUCUUAGCCCUCUGACUGUCAGCCCAGUGUCUGGCAUCUGCUGGGAGGAUGUGAACCUAGGUGGGGGCUCUUGAGUGGGUGGGGACGGGAGAUGAGGAAACCUCAGGCGGGGAGAGUCAGUGGCUCAUUUCCACCCUUUCUGAUUUUGCAUGCCCAUGCAGAGGAAAUGAUCUUGUAAGUCCUCUUUGAAGUUAUUUGAGCAGAAACUCAGGGUUUAAAGUCAUCCCUACCCCUGCCAGGCAGGGCUGUAUGGUCCCGUGCUUAUUGCCAAGUUGCUCCAAAGCUGGCUUCUUGGUUUUGUGUAGAAAGGAGAAUACACCCACACCCUCUCGAUGUUCCACCUGGCCCCAAGAUCCCAUCUGGUGGGAAGGAACCAAGCAGGAGGCAGGAGGGCAGCCCCCUCUACAGCCAGCUGACUGUGAGUACUGGGAAGCUGCUUCUCCCAUCUGUGCAAGAGGUAGGAAGGGAUGUGCUCAUGUACUCAACACAUGUUCUCAUUACCGUCCGCUCUACGUAGGGGGAAACAAAGCACCAAGAGGUGGAGUGACUUGCCCAAGGUCACAGAGCUGGGCGUGGCAAAAACCAGAAUUCAAAAAGGCUAACAGUGGCCACAGCCUGGAGAGGUUCCGUGGGGGAAGGGACACUUUAGCUGAACCCUGAGGGAUGGGGAUGAUUUUGCAAGAUCCCUUGCAAUCCCAGCUGUCUACGUCGGUGGCUGGCCGUUGUCGGUGGCUGGUGUCUGCCGCCGAUGGCAGUGAGUGCGUGGGCAGGCACGAGAGGACUGGCCCUGGCUCCUCCCUGACCUUGAGCUGGGCCCAGUAGGUGUGUUGGGCAAUGGCCGCGGUUUGUGUCUCACUUUCCCAGGCGGGCCCUGGUGCCGGGGUGAGCCACGGGUGCCUUGAAUAGGGGUGCACAGAGCUUCUUUUGUGUAGAAUGGUUGGUCAUGAUGCCGUGUAGAUGUGUGUGCUGCAUGGGUGUCUUCUGUGUGGGUGUGCAUGUACAGGGCUGUACUUGCGGUCAGUGCAGACCUCUGUGUGCAUCUCUACAGAUAAGCCUGUUUUUGCCAGAAAGUGUGUCUGUCUGUCCACACUUGUGUCCAUGUCAGUGUAUUCCAGUGUGUACCUGUGCCUCUGUCUAUGGCCAAACGUACAUCCAAUUACAUAUGAACAUCAGCUCCGUGCCUGGCUCCAUUUCUGCGUGUGCCCCACGUAGGUGUGGCUGGAGUGUGCAUCUGUGACUGUAUGUGCACGUGUGACCACUUGUGGUACUGGUUUCUAUAUGUCUGCUUUUGUCUGUGGAAUGGCAGCUUUUUAUGUCUGCAUGUGCCUGUGCACAUAUCUGCAUCUUGUUUUCAUGUUCAGGUGUGUGUCCGUGUGUGCCUUCCUGUCCACUUUCCUUCCCCGGACCCACAUCUUCUCAGGCCUCCCUGCCUCUCCCUAAUCUCAGGAGGCCCAGCUUCCUGCAGUCACCAGGGGACUGAUGGGCUGUGCUGGGUGCCCCCCGAUCCUACCCUUCUACUUUCACCCUCUGCCCCAGCUGCCUCAGCCUCCCUGGUCUCCCUCUUACCUCUCUGCCCAUUCCUCCUCUGUCCCUCCUCUUCUGUCUGCAGCCUGAAGUCAAGCUUGGCCUGCCUUUCUGCCCCUCAACGUGGGCCCUCCACCAGGACACAGAGGAAUCGACCCCUUCCCCCCCCCCACCCCUGGCUUCCCAGCUCCAGUGUCCUCCACAGCCUGGCCCUCCCCACUUGCCAGGGCCCUGAUUCAGCCCACAGUUGUCCUCACCUGCGCUUCCCCAGACUUCCUACAGGUCUCCCUGUCAUCUGGCUGCACAAGUACAUUUUCCCCAACAAAAUCUUAGUGUGUCCCCUCCCUCCCUGAUCGCCAGCCUUGGGUAGACCCUUGCUCGGGAGGUGUGCCUUUGAGACCUCCUGGCCGUAUCAGCUCUUCUGCUUGCUCUGACCUCCAGUGCCUCACCCUAGACUUGUUCUUCCCCAAAACUGGGAUCCUCUCCCUGGGGCAGCUGUCAGGCCUGUCCUGAGCAGGCAUGCUCCGGCCUUUUAAGCUGAGGUAAGCCUUCUCUAAGUCAACGAACAAGAGCUCUGGGACAAGUGCUAACCAGGCUGCAACAGGAGGGGCCGUGGGAGGCCUCUGACUCUCUCCUGCUCCCUUGCCGCUGACUCACUGCUUUCCAGCCCCUUGGUUUUUCUGGAGUUGCCAGAACUUUUAAGCUCUGCCUUAAAAAAAAAAAAAUAAUGUUUAUUUAUUUUGGGAGAGAGAGAGUGCACGCACACGUGCAGUGGAGGGGCAGAGAGAGGGAGAGAGAGAAUCCCAAGCAACCUCCCCACUGUCAGCACAGAGCCUGACUCAGGGCUCAAUCUCGAGACCAUGAGAUCAUGACCUGAGCCGAAACCAAGAGUCAGACACCUAACUAACUGAGCCACCCAGGUGCCCCCCCCCCAAAUUUUUUUAAUUGAGGUGAAAGUCACAUAGUACGUAACAGACCAUUUUAGAGUGAAUACCUCGGUGGCAUUUAGCACAUUCAUAGUAUUGUGCAACCACCACCUGUAUAGUUCUAGAACAUUUUCGUCAUCCCAAAAGGAAACCCAUACCCAUCAAUAGUCACUCAUUCUUCUUCCUACCAGCCUCUGGCAGCCGCCAAUCUACAGUCUAUCUCUGGAUUUCCCUAUUCUGGACAUAUCACAAAGAAUUCUGUAAUAAGUGACUUUUGGCCUCUAGCUUGUUUGACUCAGCUUGAUGUUUUCAGGGUACAUCCAGGUGGUGGCAUGUAUUAGUACUUCAUUCCAUUUUGUGGCUGAAUGACAUCCUAUUGUAUGGACACACCACUUUUUAAAAAUUUGUUAUCUGCUGGCGGACAUUUGGGUUCCCACCUUUUGGCUGUUAACCUCUGCCUUCUUGACUAGGGGAGGGUGCCCAACAUUUGUGUUUACUGCCAUACUGUUCCGCUUCUCUUCCUCACAUGCUUGUUCUGUGGACAACGUGUCCUGGCCCCAGCUGGCCACACUCCCAUCACCCAUGGAAUGGGUGCCCACCCUACUGUCCACCAGUAGGCCUUUGGACAGAGCAAGCUUUGAUGGCCUUUUCUCCCCUUGGAGCUGCAGGAUCUGUUUUUUUUUCUUAUCAAGAUAAGCACCCAGAGGCACCUGGGUGGGCUCAGUUGGUUGAGUGUUUGACUUCGGCUCAAGUCAUGAUCUUGCAGUUUGUGGGUUUGAGCCCCGCAUUGGGCUCACUGCUGUCAGUGCGGAGCCCACUUCGGAUCCUCUGCCCCCCCCCCUGCCCUCCCCUGCUCAUACUUUAUUUUUAUCAAAAAUAAACAUUAAAAAAAAAAGAUAAACACCCAGAGUUUCCUUGGCAUCUCCCCAAGAACAAGAGGAAGAAGAAGGCAGGUCUUCCACAGCACCUUUCCCAGGUCAUUUCCUCCAGGCAUCCCUGCUAGUGAGUCCCACCUCUGUCCUGGACUUCCCCUUGGCACCAGGACUAUCAUAGACAUUCCCAUGGGGACCCUGGCUGGUUGUACCCAUCUUUCUCCAGUUGCUUUCUCUGUUGAGCAGAGGUUCUGAGCUUUCACAGCAGCUGGCACCAAGAGAAGGCUCCAAGCCCAUCCCACUUCCUCUGUAGCCUCCACCCCUCCUGCCUCCAUCCUCAUACUGGGGCAGGACAAAGGACUCCCCACUGCAAGUGCCAGGAAACCAGUUCAACUAGCAGAAAAUGGAUUGACAUCAUUGUCCCGUGUAGCUGGAACUAGCCAAGGGGUUGGUCCUGGCUUCAGGCAGAGACCAGGGACUCAAGGAAGUCGCUUGGCCUCCCUGGCUGUGCCAGCCAUGUUGUCACCCACUUGAUGGGACCCCACCCCACCCCAUGGAGUUGGGAAAGUGACCUUUCUUGGCAUCAGACCAGUGACAUCCCAGCUCAGAAACCCUGGCCAUGCAAGGGAGGCGUGUCCUCUGAGUCUGACAUCAGUCUUGGGAAAGGAUUGUGACUGGUUCUGCUCGGUACAUAGGUGUAGUGCUGGAUUCCAAGGUACCACGAAGGGCCAGGCAGGGUUGGGUGCUCCCUCCUGUGGCCUGGGGUGAGAAAUGAGCAGGCUGACAGAUGAUGGGUCUUCCAGAUCCUUCCUCAUGCUGGAUGUUGGCUUGUAUGUUUAUUCACCCUUCAAAACCUGGACAUAAAAAGACAUUCACAACAAAUUCACUUACCUAUAAGCCUAGUCUUUCUUGCUGAUCUCUACCCCAUACCUAGCCUGGUGCCUGAUACAUACAGUGAAUUACUUAAAUAUAGGUUGAGUGAGGGACUGAAAAGCCACCAUGAUUUGUCUCUUUUUGGAAAAUGUAGGAUUGUGCCCUCUAGUGAAGACUGGCCCCUUUCUAUCAGGCUGUCAGGUACUGCUUAUGUGGAAUUCAUUCUGAAGUGAAUUCUUUAAAGGAAGUAGGAGAAAUGCCUUGUCUUUUUCUUUUUCAGUUCGUUUUCCAGGAAAGUGUUGAAAUCUGCAGUGGGUGAAAGAAUAUAUUUUGAAUUCACUUAAAAAAAUAUCAUAAAGGAAAAAGUCAGCGUCUUUAAAAUCCAGGCUUCCUAAAAAAAGGAUCACGUGCUUUGGUGUAUUGUGAGUGAUAUAAUUCUGAUUUCCUUGGGGAAAGAUGACCAAGAGAAGGCAUGAGAAAGUCUUCAAGAAAACCUGUUCCUGCCCAGCAGUGAGGUUGGCCUGAACUUCCAGAGGCCUGGCUGCAGGUGCACUAGAUAUGGGAGGGACACAUCUGGAUCCUGUACUCUGGGAGCCACAGGUGACCUUUCCUGGGGAUUCUGCAGAUGGCCACAUCUGUGGUCAUGCAUUCAUCCAUUCACUAAAGAUUUAUUGAGCACCUACUAUAUGACAUGGACUGUGCUGUGCUCUGGAAAGGCAACGAGGAGCCACAACCACAGCACACACCCUCUUGGAAUUUUGUCAGGGGUGGGCAGGGACCAGCCUGGGGUGGAGGAAGUUCAGGGGGGGCUUCCCUGAAGAGGUGAAGCUUGGACUGGACCUUGAUGUCUGGAUGACAGUUCAUUCAGUAGGAGGAGGUUCAGGCAGUGGGAACAGCAUAUGCAAAGGCCAUGAGGUGAGUGCUCUGCUCCCCUGAGGGACUGAGGAAAGUCAGAGAAGGCAGCGGGCUAGAAAGGUAUGGGUGAGGCUGGGGGGUGGGCAGGGCCUGGUGGCUGUGGUAAUAACUUUGGCCUCACCAAACGUCCGCAUGAAUCCAGGGAGUGUUUUAAACAAGAGGGUGGCACCAAGCUGUAUUGUACAAGUCCCCUGGAGGGACUGCAAUGGCAGUAAAGCCAUUUGGUGGGUGGAUCCAUUUCGUCCCUCCUGACUUUCCUCCCUCUCUGUUAAGACUUCCAGCCACACCUGCUUUUCUCUAAACCAGACCUAUGCAGUCUUGCUUGCAUAUCACCUCAUGCAGUCCUGUCCAUGUGGAAUUUGUAGCAUCUCUCUCCUGCAUUUUUGCCAGUUAAACUGGCAUUCCCCGCCCCCCUCCUCCACCCCAGACCUGUAGAAAUACCGACCUCCUCACCCAAUCACUCCCUGGCUGGUCCUUGACCAAGUGGAUAUCCAUCUUCCCUCUGUGAAAACCAUUUGUUUUCAAGUUUGUUGAGCCAUGUGGCUGCAUGAGUUCUGGGCAAGCCACUGCGUGUAUGGUGUGCUGGCCAAUCGUGUGGACCUAGGACAGCUGCCUGGAGCCCAACUUGCCUUUGCUCCCUCCCACCUGUGUGACCUCCCGUCAAAUAUCUCAUCUCUCAGGCCUCAGUUUCCCCAUCUACAGGAUAGACACAAUGAUCUCUGUGAGGAUGGUUGGGAGAAUUCACAGAGCCAGCCUGUAGGAGGAAGUGCUCAGAACUGGGUGCAGCCCACAGAAGAGCUCCAGAAACGUCUGAUUAUUACCACUGGGCAAAUGGCACGUACCUGGGCACCAAAACAUUUUUGGCAAGAAUGUGAUGUUUCAAAAUAGGCAUUGUAUGUUCCCAGCAUGAGAAAAGUCAGGACUCCAUUGGACUUCGUGAUCCUUGUUUGAUGGUUAAGGUUAUUUUUAUUUACAGUGAUAUCUCAGUGUUUAGAGCCUGUAGGGUUCUAGGCCCUCUGUGUUCAUCUAGCCCAUCCCCUCAUCUCUCAGAGAGGACCCUGGGCUCAGAGGGGAUGGUGAGGGGGGUGGUUGUUCUAGGCCAGCCAGAGAGAAGAUAGCAGGGCAGCGCUCUUAUCUCCUGGUCAUCCCACCUCAGAGUAGAUGCUUGUCCCCCGCCCCCCUCCCCACUGCCAAAGACAGUGAGCCUCCUGAACAGAAGUGAGUUCCUUCUAUCCCUAUCUCUAUGCUGCAUUUCUCUGAAGGUUCAGGCCUCUGGAAGAGGGCUCAGUUACCCAAUUUGGGGGAGCCACUGGACACACAGAGGCUUCCCACACUGUGGACACACCAGGUCCCAGAAGAAUUCUGUGGUACAUCUCAAGCCAAAGGAUCCUCCAGCCCAGGGUGACCUCGCUGGCCUCAUGGGGAGGGCCCUGGUAGAUACUUGCUCACCCCAGGGUUUAUGUAAUGUCGUCUUUCCCAAUCGUCCUCAAAGCCAUGCUAUGACAUAAGCAAAUGUACGCCUCUGUCUGCCCCAGUGGCUGGCGGGUAUUUAUCGAGCACUUGCUAUGAGCUAGGCAUUUGCACGCAUUAUCCACCAAAUUGCCCUCACUGUCCUCUUGAGAUAGCACUUACCACUGCAUUUUUUAAAAAAUAGAGACACAAGAUAUGUAUAUUAUCAACUUUACCAUUUUAAAGUCUAUAAUUCGGUGGGUUUUAGUAUAUUCAGAAGAUUGUACAACCAUCACCACUAUUUAAUUCAAAAACAUUUCAUCACCCCAAAAGAAACCCCAUACCCAUUAGCUGUCACUCCUUAUCCUUAGAUCUCUCCAGGCACUGGGAAGCACUCAGGUGCUUUCUGUCUCUAUGAAUUAACCUAUUCUGGACAUUUCAUAUAAAUGGAAUCAUCCAGCAACAUUUUGUGACGGGUUUCUUUUACUUAGUAUAAGGUUUUUGAGGCUCAUCCACAUUGUAGCAUGUGUCUGUACUUCAUUCCUUUUGUGGCUGAAUAAUAUUCCAUUGUAUGGAUAUACCACAGCUUAAAAAUCUGUUUUCUGUUGAUGGACAUUUGGAUUGCUUCCACUUUGGGGCUAUUGUGAAUAAACGCUGCUAUAAAUA